GUUCAUUUGAAGCCAUAUCUUUAUAAUUGGUUACGGUUUCUUUGUUUUUGUUCUACACUGAAACCUUAUCUUCGAGAUUAUACUUCUUUAACAUUAUUAUCCCGUGCACAGAGAAUAUGGCCAAAGAAUUACAAGAGGAAAGGAAGCCAUUGGUAAUAGCAAUGAAAGGCCAUCCUGGCACUGGCAAAUCCACUUUAGCCCACGCCUUAGCCUCAACUCUCCAAAUCCCUCUCAUCGACAAAGACGACAUCCGCGACUCCACUUUUCAUCUCCAGCAACAAUCUUCUUCCCUCCUCAACGACCUCUCCUAUGAAGCUAUCUGGCGAGUUGCCUCCACUCAGCUCCGCCUCGGCCUCAGCCUCGUCAUCGACUCUCCUCUCUCUCGUAGAACCCAUCUCGACCGUUUGUUGAGCUUGUCAGCCUCGGCUGGAGCCCGCCUCGUGAUAUUGGAGUGUAAGUCGUUGGACGAGGCCAAGUGGCGGGAGAGGCUGGAAGGGAGGGAAAAGAGUUGGCACAAGCCACCCAGUUGGGAGGAGCUUGAGAAGUUGGUGAAAGGGUAUAGCGGAUGCACGGAGUAUGAUGUUGGGGAUGUGCCCAAGAUGGUGGUUGACACGACGGCGCCCAAUGUUGGGGUGGCGGAGUUGGUUCAAAGUGUCGUGGACUUCAUUGCUUCUUGUUGUGGCAGAUUCCCAACAUGUGUCCCAUGUACUUCUUAAAACUUGUAUAGCAUGUUUGGUUUGGGGAAUGACUUAUUUUCAAUGAA